UAAAAGUAUUGCAUUGUGUAAAAUUAUGUUUAAAAAAUUAUGUAGUCUUAAAAUACGGAAAAAGAUAAUUUGUGGACCGGACACCGAUUAUGGAGCAGUAAAUAAUCACGAAUUAUAUGGCCAGAUAUUAACUAUGUCCCGUGAAGAUUUUGAAGAGAAAAAAUUAGAAUUUUUAACAAUUUUGAAAUUAAAUAAGUUUGAAAUUGACGCAUUACAACAUCGAAUAGUGGAACAAGCGAAUUGUGAAGAAUGGGUAAAAGAAAGAUUCAAAAGGUUAAUUACGUCCAAUUUCGGGAAGGUUUGUAAAUUACGAAAAACAACUUUUCGAAAAAAUAGUCUAAUUUCAAUUUUAUACCAAUCGCAUUAUUUUCAUGGGACUACUGCUAUAAGGUAUGACAUACAAUUUGAAUCUAUUGCUAAAGAUGAAUUUGAGAAAAAAUUCGGAUAUGAAGUAGCUCCAGCAGGAUUGUUUGUUGAUCCUCCUUCCAUUUUUAGCAACAAAGCCAGAUGGUCUUAUUGGGGAUGAUUCAAUUAUAGAAAUUAAAUGCCCAUUUUCUAUAAAAGAUUUAACUCUUCUUGAUGCAUACAAAGAAAAAAAGUUAAAAUUUAUGUAUGUACAAUCGGGUAACCUAUUUUUAAAAAAAAUUCAUUCUUAUUACUACCAGACACAAGGACAGUUGCAUAUAACAGACCGAAAAUAUUGCUACUUUGUUGUAUGGACACCAAAAGGAAUUUGUGAGGAUAAAAUUGAACGCGAUGAUGAUUUCUGCCAUAAUAGAAUGUAGCUGAUUUUAUCAGAAUUCUAUAUUGAAUACAUGGUGCCAAAAAUAGUGAA